AUGGCACUUGGAAUGCUAAUAUAUAUUUUGCUAAGAGCAAUGGUAGCGCUGGGUGAAGAGGCAGCUAUUACUGUUUCGUCGCUAACCACAGACCUAAGGAAUAGCUGGGCAAAAAACAACACAGAAGACUACCAAGAGGAACCUAUUGCUCUGAAGUUUAUGCAAUCCUGUCUUGAAGAACACGACAGUUAUUGUAUUAAUGGCCUCUGUGCUUUUCAUAGUGAACUCAAGAAACCCAUAUGCAGGUGCCUGACAGGUUACAAUGGCGAAAGAUGUGAACACUUGACGUUGAAUUCGUAUGCGCUUAUUUCUUACGAGCACUAUAUUGCAGUGGGAAUUGGCGCUGGAAUGUUACUGAGUGGAAUCAUCGCUCUAAUCUAUUGUUAUGUAAGAAAGAGGGAAGGGCAUUUUGUAUGGAGGAAGACGACGAUGUGUUUCUCAACACUCUGAGGCAAAGAAUGGUGUUCACGCGCUGCCAAAGACAAGUAGUCAGUCUAGCCUACCUCUGGUUUCCCAAUGGCCUAUAGAAUGGGCCUGGGCUGACAUGAACACAGCGGAUCUCUCAAAUGGGUUAAAUGCAAUUUAUACUUCUAUUGCCACAGUGGACAAAGGCGGCCAAGGCUUUGCACUGGGAAAUGGGUGACUGA